UAACAGCUAACCUGCUCAGACAAUCUGCCCGCGGCCACUGAUCACACGGUUCGAUGCCGGACCUUCUCCUCUGUCACCUCCUCCUUUAAAGCAAUGUGUUGGAGGUGUGAGGAGCCCGGGUCUCCGCUCCUUCACGCCGCUCAGGAGCCAUGGCGGAGCGGACACUGAGGAGGGAACAGCGGCCGGAGGACAGCGGCUCUACAGCGGCGGCUCAGAGGAACCAUCCACGUUAUCUGCAGCACGACCACAACUGUUAACUGACGGAAGACGAUGGUGACGGCGGAUAAAGUUUUCCUCACAGAAGUCGAACAUGUGCGGUUCAACUUUGCUCUGACUGACAUUGCGCUCACCUCCAUGGGACCGUAGCGCCGCCGAGUUAGUUCCGCUCCUGCCUCCGUGUGCCCUGCAGCCAUCUGCCUCGGGCGUAAAUCUGGCGCACUGUCCCGCAGCGGCGCUUUAAUAUUUGAAAGCCGAAUCAGUGGAGGUUAACAUGGGGGCGAAGCAGAGCGGCCCCACCGCUAAUCCAGCUGCUAACGGCCGGACCAGAGCCUACUCCGGCUCGGACCUGCCCUCCAGCACCUCCAGCAGCAACGGCAGUAACGUGAGCAGGUCUGCCGCCGGGGGAGUGAGGUACCACGGCGCCUCGGGAGCCACGUCCGGCACCAGCCAGCACAUCGGGGCCAGGGCCAGGACUGUAGGGGGCUCCGGGGGCUCCGGGACCAGACCUCGGUCUGGGAUCAACAUACCCAACAGCAGAGGAGCCUACAGCUCCCCGGAGUCCGAGGGAAGCAGCCCGGAGGAGGCAGCGGACAUGGAGCACCCCGGCAGAGAGCACGACGGUCCCCGGCUGCUGAUCGGGUCGUUACCAGCUCACCUCUCGCCCAAUCUCUUUGGAGGCUUCAAGUGCCCUGUGUGCUCUAAGUUCGUGUCCUCGGAUGAGAUGGAUCUUCACCUGGUUUUGUGUUUAACCAAACCCAGAGUGACGUACAACGAGGACGUCCUCACUAAGGAUGCAGGAGAAUGUGCGAUCUGCCUGGAGGAGCUGGUGCAGGGAGACACCAUCGCUCGCCUGCCCUGCCUCUGCAUCUACCACAAAGGAUGUAUCGACGAGUGGUUUAAAGUGAACAGAUCGUGUCCGGAGCAUCCGUCAGAUUGAAGCUUUUUUUGCACAGGUACCCCACAAUGAAGGAUCUACUAGAUUAAGAGUGGAUCCUGGGAGACUGCAGGACACUGUGACCACUGUGAUCAGUUAACCACCCCCACCCUCAAAAAUAAUGUAGUGCCAUGGUGUGCCAAAUCUCAUUGAAACAAUCUUCAGGGAUACAGACUUUCUGUUUAUGUUCGAGUUGCUCAUCCACACUCCACAGUGUCAGACUGGACCAGCCGCUCUCCGACUCACAUCUUCUGCAGCCCUGACGCUCACAGGCACUUCGCUUCUUCCUGGGUGGCCACUGGACGGCAGGUGUGAGCAUUUUCUACACCGGGAAACUGGAGGAGAAGGACACUGUCCUGCACCCGGGGCGGGGUGGAGGGGGGGUGUCAGGGCGAUGAUGAAUUAUCCUUCCCCCCCCCCUCCGACUCUGUCCCUCCCCUCCUCCCUCAGCAUCAGUGUCUACCAGUGCCUUGUGGAGGUGAAGCCCAGCCGCAGCAGGGCGGCACAGAGGAGUCCACACUGUCAGCAGAGUGUGGAGCGACCGCACGGACCUGCAGGACCAUCUCACCUCAACUACCAGUCUGCACCAGCAGCACGGAUGAUAUUAAAACUAAAGCUGCUGUAAAAACGGUGCCAACACACACACACACACACACACACACACACACACACACACACACACACACACACACACAACACACUCUCUCUCUCAUCAGUGCUCUUGUGGAGGUCUGACUGUGUUGCUGCAGCUGUGACAAAAAAUAGCAGUCUCUCUCAUUAUGACCAGAUUUAACUAGAACCUCUUCACCUUAUAACAGGAUAUUUUUCAUGUUGCAAUAAUAUACAACCUCUUUUGCUAGAGAUUUCAUGAAACAAUGAGAUAUGGUAUAAAAAAAGUCAGUGACAUUUUGAAACGAUAAAAGUUUCUUGCUAUAUAAAUUUUCUGUUUGAUGUUAAUACAUGUCAUAACAAAAAUCAGUGAGAAGAAGCUUGAGUCAGUUUUUGCUGUAUCUUGUUCAACAGUGACUUCAAGGAAUAACAAGCCUCAGUUGUUUUCACUUUCAGUCUGUCAAAACAUAUGUCAUUUGACUAGAUUGUAUUAAUGGUAUUGAUUAUAACACUGUAAAGAAAGAAACUAAAGAAAAAAAUGUUUUAAAUUUCACAUUUACUGCAUUUUCAUUUUUUUAUCAUGCAGAUUGCAGACAUCAACUCUCAAACACCCAAAUGUCAGGUGCUGAGAAUUGGAACAAAUCAAACACUGUAAUAAGAAUGGUCUGUGCGGUUGGUUGGAUGAUUUAAAAGGGGUCAAAUGAAUUGAUGCUAUUACAAGACAGACAUAAAUUAAAGAUAAACAUGUGAACAAUAAAAGACAGAUAUUGGAACAUAAUGCAGAAAUCCCUUUUUUAAGAUAUUCCACUUCAGUGACAGUGCUUGGUUUGUGCUUAUUCUGUGCACCUGUCUGUACGUGUUUGGGCUGAGAUAAUCCGAGUCUGCACACUGAGGAAGAUUCAGCGUUACAAAAUAAUUAUCAUUUAAUAAAUGUGAACUUCAAGACAUUAUUUUCUAGGUAUUUCUGGGUUAUACUUUUACCGAGAGUUGACAGUAGAGAGAAGGGAAAGUACGUGAAGGGUUGUCACCUCAAGCCUUAUGCCAUCAGGGCAACAACAUUUACCUUCAGUGUAGAUUCUGCUGGUUUACAUGCACCAGGUAAACAAACAAUACAUCAGUCUUAACAACAAGCAGCAUCUGGUCCGAUCAGCACUGAGCAGGUUGUGGGAGAAGUCUCUGUGGUUUGUCGUCACUAACUUGCCUCGGCUGUUUAUUGGUCGACUAAUCUGCUGCUGCUGUCGGGUCCUGGCAGCUUCAAUCAAACCUCCAAUUACAAUGCUCACAUUCAUUCAAACCAGGUCAUGUCUGUGAAGACACAGGACUGAUCGGGUCUGUGUCGGGGGUUUGGGUUCACCUGAAGACCUCACGAGGGGGAACAGUGUACAGACUUUAGAUCUCAUAAAAAACUAUCCCAGUGGAUUUCUGUGACAGAGGACGACCUCCUCAGUGGAAUCACUGUGUGGACCCCAAAGCUCCAAACCUGUCUUUGAAUGUGUGAUCCUGUUCCUCCACACCCUGCUUCUUUUUCCACAUGACUCAGAAUGUAGUGCUCGUCCCACCACCCUGAAGAUCAUUUCUUAUACUCUGAGAAAAAAACAAAAAACAAACAAGCUGCUUCAUUAUUUCCUUGAGAGCAGCUUUAAAGCCAUCUGCUUCAUGUGGAGCUUCUUAAUGAGUUCAUGAUGAUGUUUUCAUUCAAAAAUGUUAGUUAACCAGCGGUGAAAUGUCCCGUAUGUCCUCCAGCUCUUGUUUCUUAUCCCCUCAUUCCAGGUACUAGAAGCAUGGCAGUGUGAGAGGGGGCAAGGAAAGACAAAGCAACAUUCAUGUAUCACUACCAUUUCUGUGAUGCUACAAUUCUGUGCACGUCCGUGUCCAACCAACCAGAUGCAUGCGUCCAGGUUCAUCUUCCAACUGGUCAACAGCUACAGAGCAGCUUAUUUUCCAGGUCAUUCCCCUUGAACCAGAGAGGAGGAAGUAAUCAGCCGCUAAAUCCCCAAUCCACAUCUCUCCUGUCUGUCCCACAGUAACCUGGGCUCAGUUACACACACUCACAACAUGUCACCUCUAACUCUGCGUAUACAAAGAAACUUGUAAAUUACAUUAUAUAUGUGAAGAUCCGUUGACUGUUUAUUUUCAACUCAAUUAAAAUUUAUUAAAAUUCCAGACAUAUUAUAGUAAAUCUUUUAUUCAAAUAUGAAAUAGAAAUAUUUAGUUUGUGCUGCGCCUGACUGCCUCAAGCUGUGGGUUUCUUAAGUCUUUAGAAAAAAGGCGUUGCUGGUGGAAAUGCUCUGUUGUUGUGAGAAACUGACAUCACUGAGUAAUCUGGAAUCAGUGGCGUGCCGUGAGGGCCAGCAAGUCAAGCACUGCGUGCCCUGUUGAAGCUUAAACCAGGCAUCAAUUAGAACGAAAGCGAAGUGGGAGGCGAUACCUGUCCUCACAUCUGAUCUCAGAACAGUGUCUGUCCUGUUUGCUUCUUUGGAUUCAUCAUGUAGUGUACUGCCCUCUUGUGGUUGCCCCAGUCUAUUGUCUCUUAAAACAAGUUUGACUUUCAUUAAUCGUCAUUUUCUAGUGUGUUGUCAAGCUGCCUUUUACUCAGCUGGCUCUGUUCUAAGAUCAGUUAUAGUGCACACAUUAUUAUACACAUGUGCAGAUGUGUGUGAAAACUGGACUUGCACAUUAGAAAAUUACACCCAACAGUCUUUUUCUUGCCAAGUGUUAAGAGGCAGCAGCAGAUAAUCUAACAAAUUACACUUUGAUUUAUUAUCUCAGAUUAGUAUAAACCGUUUUACUCAAUCCUAUGGUCAACGUGUGACGGUGAGGAGUUACGAACAGUGAGGUGUUUGUUGUUGUUGCAGCUUUUAGUAACUCAUUUCACACAGGUCUGUUCCUCCAGGGGCCCUGAGCAGGAUGGGCCCUGAGCAGGAUGGGCCCUGAGCAGGAUACGUCCUGAGGCCCUGCAUCAUAGUGAUUGAUUUUUAAUUAAUGGUUCAGAGAGCAGAGAGGAUCUUUUCUUUAGGUUUGACACUAUUUGUUUUACAAUCACCAUAUUAUAUUUUGACGUUAUUUAAAACAGGAGAACAUGACAGCCAUUAUUCUAUGAAUUUGACUGAAGGUGAAGGAUAAAAACAACUUUAUUCAAUUAUAGCUUUCAUUAUAACCAUAUAAACCAUAUAUCAGCACGGGCUGAAAAACACAUGUCCCCCUGUUCCAUCAAAACGACACACAAUCAAUUAACUGAAUGUAUUAUAUGUAUCGUUAUUAAUAUUACUGUAAUAUUAAUAUAAACUGAAAAAGAUUAUCACAGGAAAUGAAAACAUGAAGGCUAUUUAGUGUCAGUUUGAGGAAAUAAAAGUCAUACUUCUUCUUUCAGCACAGGAAGAACAGGCAGUCCAGCAUCAUGAGGGAGGAGAGUUUUAUGUCUCAGUUUGUUUCGAGGUUUGUUGUGGUAGUUUCAGUUUGCCUUGGCAGUGCAGUAAGCAGCUCAUUGAGUUGGUGGUUUGGUUUGUGGGCCAGACAUUGGUUGAGGAGGGUAUUUAUUUCGGUUCCCUCUGUAAGUCCUCACACAACAAUGGAUUCAAGAAUACCACAUUUUACAGAAAGUCUAUGGAGCCUGGACUACAAAUAUAUAUAUAUAUAUAUAAAUAAGAAGGUUUUUAGUGUCUGUUAUAAUUCCUUCUGUUCGAACUGGCCAUUCAAUGGUCAUCUUUUAGUUUAUCUAGAAUGAAUAUGUCUAACUCAGAAGGCUGAGGCCUCAGAUUUAACAUUUGUGAACGUUAAUGCGUAACACUGGAAUGAUAAGUAGUAAACGAUAAUAGUAAGUUGUAUUAUUGGAAUUGUAGUAUCCGGGGUGACUGGGGACUGAAAGGACCAUUUAUUUUUCACCAUUCUUUUUCCUGUGUGUUUGGUGGGAGUGCAAUCCUAAAUUACUGGAGUAUCCCUUUAAAGAACUACAUCCUGUAUAUAUUAAUACCUCAAACAUUUUUUCACCUUUAUUGUACGUGUCUUGCCCUUGGAAUAAGAGAGAAGGAGCCUGCUGGGUGACCGGAGAAAACAAUGGAGGAAAGUGUUGAGUUUGGAGUUUUGGGAUCCACACUCAGGACUCAUGAUUACUGCUCCGUCACAUCACAUGCAGAGAUUAGCUGAGCCCUGUAAUACCCUGUCUACAGAGUCAUGUAGUGUUAAUGGAGCUGGAAGCAGCGAGGACACGUCACAGGGCUCGUACUGGACCUUCAUCAUCAUCAUGUUCCUGAUUAAGAAUGUCGGAGGAAAAGUGAGACAGAUCUGGCCUUAAUAGAAAUGAUGACAUUAAUUUAUCUGUGCUCAUAUUUUUUAUAUCAAACUGAACUUUCAGCCUGAAAUAGCACACUGAGUCAUCCCUCAUCCAAAGUGCAGGGACCGAACCCUUUAGCUGAAGAUUCAAAUGAAGAGUUACAGAGGGCAAAGCCAGUGUUAAAUUCAACAAGCGAUCAGCUUAAAUUCUAUGGUGUAAGAUUUUUUUUUUUAUGAAGAUAUCGGUGUUUGUGAGAUUGCAGUGAGUUGAAACAAACAGUGGUGUACUGGCUGAAGUUUCGUUAGGGGUUGUGAAGGUCGUGUUUCCGGUCUUUGACCUGUACUGGGAGAACUGUGUAUCGAGUUGAAGCACUGUCCUAAAACAAGUCUCAUAUGGGAAACUAUAGAAUCAGUCGAGCACUUUUUAGCUUGUAAUAAUUUUUUUUGCCAGUUCUGAGCCCCAACAAGCAUUACCUUGUAUAAUGUAACAGAGAAUGUGUGAUGUUCAAUACGUAACAAACACAUAAUCACAACAUGAAAAUGUAUUCAAAUAUUUAUUUUAUGUAAAACUAUGUACAAAAAGCAAUGAAGAGUGUAUCAUUUGUAUACCAAUAAUUCUGUUUUAGUUACUGCAUUUUUAUCUCAUGUUACUUUGUGUUUGAAGCAAAUCAGAAUUUUUCAGUAAAAAGUUGAAUCAGUCUGAAAGUUGUUUUUUUUCACGUACAAAUCUGUCUGAAUAGAGCUCAGUCAUACAUCAGUUCAUUGACUUGCGCUCACAUUUUAUAUAUAAAUAAAUAACCCACACUUUGGGUCAUAAAUCUCAUA